UUUAAACCCACGUUUAUACAAAAAUAUUUUUUUUAUAUAAACCAUAGUAUUACAUUUUAAAAGUAAAUUUGAUUUAUUAGUUUUAAUUUUAAACUUUCACAAAUGGUCAAUUUUAAAUUUUAAUCAAAAAUAGUACAUUUUAAGUUUUUAAAACUGGAUUUAACCUCAAAAAUGGACGACUCUAAUGAUUCUAUAGCCUAUUCUGAUUAUGAUCAAGCCCCCGUGAAAAUAGCCAAGGGCCUGAACACCGGAAAAUGGCUGUCUAUCCUCUCAAUAUUGAAGAACGGAAAUAACACAGAACAGGUUGUUUCCCUAACUGAGUUGUCAAAUUUGUUGAGUUACUCAAACGAGGACUAUCUACUCGGAUUUCCGUCAAUGGCAUAUAUAAAAGUGUUAUUCCACAUACUGGAAAAUCCCGAUGUAAAAUAUUCCAAACGUUACCCACAAAAUACCGAGAAAACUUCGGAAUCACAAGAUGAUAAUGUGAACCUCCAAUUGCCAUACUAUCACUUCCUAUCCUCAGUAUAUAAGGAUGACAAGUUUCUUAUGGAUAAGGUUUUCACAGAGCAGGGUUUCGAAGAUGAUGAUAAAGAGCUCCCAGAAGAUACCAAGGAAAACUACUCGGACUCGGGAAUGGAUCUUGACGAGGAAGAGUACUUUGAGCCAGACAGCGCUGUUUUUAUGAAUAAAAUGAUCCUCUCAGCAACAUGUCUUAACACAAUCCUGGACAUAGUUCCCUAUACUUCACGUUAUUUUGCAUUGAACAAUAACUUGACGGUACUGUGCAACAAGCUGAGUGACCUAGAGUACAUAGACCUCGCUGAGAGGAUACUUCUGAUCUUUGAAAAAUUGUCAAAUGAGAUACCGCUCAGCCUCCUUAGGAAGUCGGUGCUCUACCACAUGCUGCAGUACAUUGAUUUUUUCCCAAUAGAUAUACAAAUCUCAUCAUUUAACUCCGUUUUAAACGUAGUGAGGCUAGUUGAUAACAAGGAUUACUUCAUAGAGUACCUAAUCCCAAUCCUUAACACACUUUCAACAUUCAUACAAAAUGAUAACAAGAAAUUGGUUGAUGUGAUAAUAUCAAUUUGGAAAGAACUGUUGGCAAUAGUGAUCAGGGAAGAAGACGAAGAACUGGUAUCAGAAUUUGUGGCCAAACUAUCAGAAAAUAACUUUCUUGAAAAGAUACUCCAGCUCAUACUUUCACCGAAUAUGGGUAGAAACGCAAUACUGGAACACGUGUCAAUACUGUCAAGCCUAGUUCAAAUUUCUACAGAAAUGGUGAAGCAGUUGUUUAAGUACGAUCAGCUCCUUAACAUCAAAUUGCUGUGUUAUAGCCAAAAUGACUCACUACAAUACGCUUUCCUACAUUUGGCCAAUAACAUACUUUCUAACCCAAGCAAAGAUUAUGAGGAAGUGGAUGAUUUUGAUCAACAUUCUCAAGUAGAUGAGCCAAACAAACCAGAUCAAACUGAAUCUAAUGAAACAAUGUAUGUGGAUUCAACGGUGUCUGAGUCUGAAAAUAAAACUAAAGAUUUAGUUAAGGAACAAGAUAGAGAUUCAUUCUUCUGUGAAAAUCCGCAAUACUUUUCAAUCAUUUUCGAGUUAUUACCAAUAACUGACCUGUGUGAUUUGUGCUAUUUGUUAUCAAGUGAUAGGCAUAAAGCAUCGGUAAUCGGCCUAAUCUACAACAUCUUGAGGGUAUCAAACAAGAUUGAAAAGUUCUCCCAGAUAGUGCACAGCACACUAUCAGUGUCGAAAACAACAGAACUCGUGUCCACAUGCCUGCUCCAGGUUGACUUAGGCUCAGAAGACACACUGAACAAUCUCUUGGGAAUACUGGAAGUGCUGAUAAACAUGUUUGGAAACAAUGUUAUAGUGACUUUCCAAAGGUAUGGAAUCAAUGAAUAUUUGACUAGACUUGGACUAAAUAACCCUAAUAACAUUGGUUUAAGUUACUUAAACCUAAAUCACAGAAGUGAAAUCGUUGACUUGAUAGUGAAUAACCAACCAGAUCAAGAGCUAAACACACAAAAUUCAUACAACUUAGAUUCAACACAAGAUGACUCAGAUUUAUUGUUUGAAAUUAGAACUAAUUUCGACGUAUGGACACCAUACGAACUGGUGAAAAACGUACCAAUCACACGCCUAAACUUUUUCGAAAACCAAGAAUCAUUACACAAAUUUAUCACAACGCUGGUUAGCCAGUCCUUCACAUCAACACACCUACACAUACUAUGGAAGGCAUUUUUAAAAAUAUUCCAGUACCCAAAUUUGUACAAUUCUUCAUACAGCCCAAUAAGUCAAGGUACACCAACAAGUAGUAACUCGAACAAUGUGAAUACCAACUUUAGUAAUUCUAGUAGUUUGAAGACUCCACCACUGGAUUCAGAACAAGCCCCAACAAAGCUAGAUGAAAAUUCAGUUACUAAGGAGAAUAAUACAGGCAAAGCUGAUAAUUCAGAGAAUUCCACGGAUACUCAAACUAAAAAGUCAGAUGGAGUGACUAAGUCGUGUAAAGCUGAUCAAUUUAGCAAGCAGAAUGAAGGAAUACACAUAUUCGGCAAUUUGGAUAAAAAGUAUAAAACAGGACUUGACGGUGUUAUUAAAAAGUAUGUUAGCUCAUACUCAUCACACCCAUUUAAUAUUCUACACACAGAGCUUAAGUUGAGGCUUAGACCCAUAUUUUUGGGCACUAAAUCCAACGUUUCACCGACAAGUACACCAGAUUCCAGUAAAACACCAGAUAAGCUGGAAGGGAAACCGGGCAGUGAUCAGCAGAGCCCAGUGGAAAGGGAUAGUGAUCGACUAUUACCAAUAUCAGUUUAUGUGCCAUGUUUGGUAAGACUGUCAAAGGUGGAAAACUAUGUAAAGCGCUACAUAGAGAAGAAGAUUAACAGUAAAGUUUUGGACGUGUUUAUAUUUCUUAACGGAGUGUGCCUGGGAUCAAACGUAACAAUGUAUGAAGCACUUUGUCGAUUUGGAGGGUUCAGCCCAAAGAAAAGAAGACAAAUAGUAGCACAUACCCAUCUCCUUAAGUAUACAUACACUUUAAAUCCAGACCAGUCAACGUCAGUGGAUAGCCAAAAUACCCCGAAACUAACUGAAGAAACAAAAAAUGAAAGUAGUUUAAAUGGCAAUAACGUAAAAUUUUCGGAACAAGGCUUGAGAGUAUACACUUUGUACAAGGGAAACAAGUAUAAUUUCGAUUCACUAAUGGAAGAUUUCAACGAAUUUAUGAAUAUUGAUAAGGUGAAUACAGUCACAAGUUUGGAUGAAGUUAAUAAAUUUAAUGGUGCUGAAGAGGAGUUCAAGUUGAAUGAACAAGAAAAUAUGCUAAAGGACGAUAGCACAAUGGCAAACACAGCAAGAGCCGAAGAGUACAACAAUGAAAGUACAGAAGUGGAUACAAAUUAUCUAGAAGCAGAAAGACUAAUGGACAUUUAUGAAAGGAAUAAUAAAAUGGAUGACCUGUAUACAAAGUCAACAACUGAAUACCUAAACAGUUUGUGUAAACAGAGAGAACUGGAAUAUAAAAAUAAUGUUUCAGUUGAUGAGUCUAUGACGAAUGAUAGCAGCAGCCCAUAUAAUUUGGGACUUUCAAACCCGAUAAUUUACACAAAACUGUCAAGUGAAACAGUGUUGGACGAGACUAAAACCGAUCAUCUUAAGUACUUAAUCAAGUUGGCAGAGUUUGACCAGGACAGAAUAAGCUUUAUAAUGGGUGAAGACAACGAUUUUAGGGAUUUCUUACUGGAUUGUGCAUUCCCGAUUUUUCUAGGCAAGUUCCCAUACGAUAAGAAGGUUCUGCUGAGAACAUUGUCAAUUUUUGAAAAUUUAACAAAUAAACUGAAUCCAGAAUCUGAUUUAGGAGUUUUAGUCUCAGAUAAUUCACAAAUUGAACAGUUAAAUGGUGAUAAAACAGAGUUUAAUGGGUCAAUUAGUGGAACACAAGAUGAUCAGAGUGGAGUAGGACUGGUAGUAAGUUCACCAUUAACAAUGAAGUUGUUAUCAGCAUGUAGUGAUUUGAGUAGAAGUUUGUGCUUUGGAUGUGAAUACUGGGUUCAAUGCGCAUUAUCAUGCCCAUCAAUAUUCUCGCUUAGGUCUAGAACAAUUCUGUUUAGGAUGAACACCGUUGGGCUAAAUAGAAACCUAUCCCACUUUCACAACAAGCUGAGAAAUCUAUCACAUGAUGGAAUAACUGAGCCAUUUGAUGAUUACCUCUUUGAGUACGUGUCGAAUAACAGGGUCCGAUUCAUAGACGAAGACGUAAAGAUACCAAAGAUGAAGAUUUCAGUAGACAGGGAAAACUUGUUAGAAGACGCCAUGCUCACAUUUGAACAGGUACAAAAUAACCCAAAACUUGAAAUCGAGUAUAAAAAUGAGGUGGGAAUAGGGUCAGGACCAACAUUGGAGUUUUUUACCCUAAUUUCUGAAGAAUUUGCAAAGUUCCAGAAACCAAAACUCCUGGAAUGUAUUGAUGGAUAUUACUUCCCAACACCACACAGCACAGACUCAUUGGAUAUGGACUCAUUUACAAAGUACCUAUCGAAAUCUCAAGAGUCUGAAUCUUUUGUUUCAGAACCAUUUACACCACUUGAUGGUUCAAAUGAUGGUAAUCUUCCACUACUGCUGUUUAGAUUAUUUUCCUUCUUGGGUAAGGUGUGCGCCUACGUGAUGCUGGACGACAAGAUGUUUGACUUGUUUUUCCAUCCACUCUUCUGGGAUCUCGUUAAGUUCCCAAACAAACCACAGAAUUUGACACUGGAAACACUAGCGAAAAUAGACCCAGAGUUGGCAAACUCAUUACAACAAAUUAAAGACCAUCCCGAUCCAAGCCAACUACACCUGGUACACGAAUUUAAAGGGUAUGAAUUACUCAAAGGAGGCUCUAACGUGUUUGUUAAUAGAGAAAAUGUUGACGAAUAUGUGCGACUAAUUGUAGAUUUUAAGCUAUUAGAAGGAAUCAAACUACAGAUUUGGGCCUUUCGAUAUGGAUUCAGUUGUGUUCUCCCGCUGUACAGUCUAUGGUUCUUUACGGAUUCGGAGCUUAGUGAGGUGAUUUUUGGCAACAAGAAGAACCAGUCGAAGUUUUGGACCAUGGAACACUUGAAGAAUUACAUAGUUCCUGACCACGGGUAUGACACUAAUAGUAAAGUUUACAAUGAUCUGAUAACGAUUUUGCACAACUUUGACGACGAUAAGAGAAGACUCUUUCUAAAGUUUACAACAGGAUCACCUUUACUGCCAAGGGAGGGAUUCAAAUCACUAGUGCCAUUGAUGAGAGUAGUUAAGAAGGGGAAUGCAGACGAGUUACCAAGUGUAAUGACUUGCACAAAUUAUCUUAAAAUGCCAGAAUAUACAAGCAUAGAAGAGAUGAAAAUUAAACUAAUCAAGGCCAUCCAGGAGGGGCAGAACGCCUUCAAUCUUUCCUAAACCCAGAGACUUGUAUUCCUUGUAAACCCUCUCAAUAAGGUCGGAAUGAGCCUUUUCUCUAUCACUCUUAAACUGGUCAAAGUGCUCCAAGUACCUUACCUUUAAUUUUCUGCGAUCAGCAGCCCUUUCAAUUUGAUCAACUAAAUUA